UUUUGAGGGUUUUUUUUUUGCUUUGAAACCAUAUUUAAACCAGCUGCGGUGUCCAAACUAUCCGUAGUUUAUGAGCGAGUGUUGAGUGACGGUGCCAUCAUGCCCGGCAAAGUGAACCAUGUUAGUGAGGACCGGUGGCGAGAAUGCAUCGUGGACGCGAUCAGCUUCGUCCUGCGGCAGAAGCAGAGCGCAACGCUGCCGCGCAUCAGCUUCGCGUUACGCAAACGGCACAACCUGCCCGAGGACACCGUUGCCGACCGGCUGACCGAUGCGGUCAGCAGCGGUUGGAUCGUGUUGCGAGUGCGCGGCCAGGAGACGAGCUACCGCGUGGCCAAGCAGCAGCAGCAGCAGCAGAAAGCACGCAAAGUUCCACCGCCGCCGGCGGGCGUGCUGCUGUGCAUCGAGUGUCUUAAGCCGGGCGGACAGAGCAGCCCGGAACCGAUCAGCUCGUGUGACCGGUGCGCCAUUGCGCUGCACGACGCUUGCGCGAACCGAUCGAACGGAUGGGAAGCAGCUGCGGUCCCACUGUCCCGACUAGUGGCGGCCGGGAACCGAUGGUACUGCGAAGAGUGCCAACCGUGCGAUGGCUGCAGCACCGCCAACGAGAGUCUCAGCCAUCCGCAACGGUGCGUGGUGGAGUGUCUUGACUGCCGGCGCCGGUUCCACUUCCAGUGCAUGAAUCCGUCGGUGCGCCUGUCGGCAGUGCAGGCGUGGCACUGCUCGGACUGUAUCGGGUCGGAACAUCAGCAGACGGUGGUGGAGAAAAUCAAGCAACGGCAGGACAGUGUGAAGAUAGCGAAAGGUGACACCGGUGCCCGGUUCUAUCGCUCCCAGCCUACCGAGGCCGACCUGAUCGGCGGACGGAUCGAGGCGAUGCGGCUCAGGCUGGGCGAUCAGGUAGCGGGCGACGAUCUGGACAUGUUUCGGGACGUGCUGCUGAUGCGCUGCCGGCUGGAAGAGGACGAUCUGGCCCGCACACCGGCCGCCGUGCGGUUGGGCCGGUACGAGAUCGAAACCUGGUACUCGAGCCCCUUCCCGCAGGAGUACGCCAAGCUGGCGGUGCUGCACAUGUGCGAGUUUUGUCUGAAGUACAUGAAGACGGGCAACGAGCUGGCCCGGCAUCAGGGCAAGUGCGGCCAGCGGUGUCCACCGGGGUGGGAGAUCUACCGCGACGGCGACCUGUCCGUGUUCGAGGUGGACGGGAACGAGCAGAAGCUGUACUGCCAGAGCCUGUGCCUGCUGUCGAAGCUGUUUCUCGACCACAAGACGCUCUACUUCGACGUGGAACCGUUCCUGUUCUACGUGCUGACCGUGCGCGACCGGCACGGCCACCAUCCGGUCGGCUACUUUUCCAAGGAAAAGCAAAACCAGCUGCGCUACAACGUGUCCUGCAUACUGACGCUGCCCCAGUACCAGCGCCGCGGGUACGGCCGGUUUCUGAUCGACUUCAGCUACCUGCUGAGCCGCGUGGAGCGCAAGCCCGGCACACCGGAGCGUCCGCUGUCCGAGCUGGGCGAGGUGUCGUACCGGCGUUACUGGUGUUCGGUGCUGCUGGCGUACCUGUACCACAACCGGGACGAGUCGCUGACGCUCGCGACGGUCUCGCAGGAGACGGGCUUGAUCGUGGGGGACAUUGUGACGGCACUGCGGCAGCUGGGCUUUGUCCGGUACCGGGUUGAGCGGGCGGGCUGCAUCCGGACCAAUCGGCCCUUUCUCUGCAUCGACUGGGACCGUGUGGAGCAGCAUCAUCGGUUGCGCACGGUUGCGGACCGAGAGCGGCUCGAGGUGCGGGAGGUUUGUCUCCGCUGGACGCCCAACCUACGCCUGCGCAACGUGAUGAGGCAGCUCGAGCUGAUGCAAACCACUCCGAACGUUGGGGAGUCAGUGGAAUGUAACGUUGAGUGGGAGAAAACAUCCGACCGAUCCAACGACAGUGCAAGCUCGACGGAGCGUCCGGUAACCGUAACGAGCAGGGGCAGGACCAGGCACCGGUGCCGAAAGUAUAGCGACAGCAUCUUCGACCUCUCGCUGUCCCUCACGACGGGCACGCCCAAGUCCGGCCGAAACGUCAAGCCGGUAGCGCACACGGUGCCCAUCACCAAGCGGCGGCGCAUCAAGCAGCGCCCCAUCGCCGCGGCCAGCUUCCUCAAGCUGCCCUACAUUGUGCUGGUCCCGGUGAAGCUUUCGCCGGCGGCGAGCGGCUCACCGGACGCCCCGUCGCACGACAGCGUGGAAGAAAUCUCGCUCGACAGCGUGGAAGCGUUCAUGGGCACGCCGAAAAGUGAGCCACAGCAAAAGUCAUCGCCCGAGAAGCAGCCGCCGGUUGGGCCCGCGGGCGGCUGUUUUACACCGAUCGCUCCCUUCCGACAGCCGCCGCAGCAUGCUGAUCGAACCGAUACCACUACCGUCGGUCCUGAGCACUGUGGCACACCGAAAACAACCCGCGGCCGAACGGUGAUGGGAAGCUUUGCCAAAUGUCGCAAACGCAUGCACGAUGGCGAGCUGCUGCUGCUGGGUAGCCAUCAAGAGGGGGAGUGCAAACGGUUGCGGCUGGACGAGAUGAUUGCCUGCAGGGCAGAGUCAGACCAUCGGGCGACCGAAAUGGGCUCCCUGGCGACGAAAGCGACGUUCGAAAACGCACCCGUUCGGCAGGUAUGGGCAGGUUCCGCGCGCCCGGGUACCGGGAAUCGGGCCAGUUUGGGCUCCUGCAGUGUGGAAGCGAAAACAGCGCAAUGCUUAAUCGGUAGGAAAUUACCAAGAACCGUCUAAUGGUCGAUGGUGCCAUACCCUGCGUCAUGUGUGCAUUGCUACCUGGGAGCCUCAAACCCAAACAACUAAACCACAUCCCGAAAGGCUUGAUGCGUUUCGCGGCAACGGGCUCCGAACCAAUUCCAAAGCAUGCUACAAGAUUUAUGGGUACAACGUAAACGU